AUGACUGCAUAUUACUAUCAUGCGAACCAAAAGGAUUACCUCUGUGUUGACAAAGACCAAGAGUUAUUCAUGACACUGAGUAAUUCGGACCAGAAUGGCGCCUUGCUGUACCACGUGGAAGGGAAUUGUGGCUCUCUUCCAUGUCUUCCCUAUGUUCAGCAUCGAGAGCUGACAUGCCCCGUUUGCACCAGGUGAGAAUAAGCUUUCCAGUAGGCUUGUGACAUUCAAAAAACUCUAGAGACUGAUAUUAAGCAUCAGACGUAUCAUGUGAGAAAUUAUUUUUGUUGAAGGCCGGACUCUGUGGUGUAA